CUUGACCUCUGACUUCGGCUUUUCGGGAAAAAAGAUCGGAACAUAAUUUUGUUCGAAUAAUGCUAUCAGCCGUGAAUGCAUUGCGUAUUUUAACAUCUCCACUCAAUAAUUACAUAUCCAAGAACAUGUUACAUUCAUCUGGGGCAGCUCAGGCUAAGGUUGCAGUGGUUCUGGCAGGAUGUGGUGUAUAUGAUGGCUCAGAGGUACACGAGGCAUCUGCGUGCUUGGUUCACCUCAGCCGGGCAAAGGCAGAAGUUGGUAUGUUUGCACCCGAUAUUAAUCAGAUGCAUGUCGUGGAUCACAUAGCUGGAGCUCCUGAUGAGAAAGAUACCAGAAAUGUGCUGAAGGAAUCUGCAAGAAUUGCCAGGGGAAAAAUAUCAGCGCUUAGUAACUUAAAAGCCACAGACUAUGAUGCUAUAAUAUUUCCAGGAGGAUUUGGAGCUGCUAAAAAUCUUUGCACCUUUGGGGUUGAUGGAUCUAAAUGCUCAGUGAAUAAUGAGGCCAAACGAGUCAUUGAAGAGUUCCAUGCCAACAAAAAGCCAAUUGGGUGUUGUUGUAUUGCCCCAGCACUGGUUGCUAGGGUGUUACCAGGUGUAGAGGUCACCAUGGGGUCAGAUAAAGAGGAGGAUGGAAGGUUUCCAUACGCUGGGACUGUACAAGGACUCCUUGAGCUAGGUGCAAAGCAUGUCAACAAAGGCCCUACUGAAUGCCAUGUUGAUGAGAAGAAUAAGAUUGUAUCAGCUCCUGCUUACAUGUGUGAGACAGGCCUGCACGAAAUAUUUGAUGGAAUUGGCCAAAUGGUGAAUGGAACAUUGAAACUUGUAAAAUCAUAGACUGCCAUGGAUUUUAAUAUGAGGCCUCCAAAUUAUAGUUAUUAACUAAAACCAAACCUUCCAUGAUCAUUUUCCUUGUAGUGGUUGAUUGAUUUUCAUUUACAGUGAAACAGAAAUAUGUAUCAGAACUUCUUGCCUGUCCCAGCAGUUCUUUCUUUUAAAAGACUACAUUACAUUCUAAAUGGAUGGAAUAGCUUUUAGUUGUUGCAGUGCAAUGCAAAAGAGGCUUGAAAUAGAUAUGCAACUAAGCAUGCUUCAAUCAUGAGCACAGAAAAAUGACGAGUUGAAACAAUGUUGUUGAAAAUCAUGGAAAGGACAGCAGUAUACAUGUCCCAGUAUGUUUGGAAAUAUUCUGGCUUUGCAGUAUUUUAUUCUUUGCCUAUCCAAAGAGAACA